UUGAACAAUUUCUUGUGAAAUGCACUUCAAAAAUUGAAAUGGAUCAUCUCUCAAAUUCCCAUCAGUAACUAUCGAGUAUAAAAGCGAGAGGAUCAUCUGCUUCUUCAUCAUUCACUUCGAUUCAAUUCGAACAUUUCAAUCCACAAUGAAAUACAUCAUUUCUGCUCUUUGCUGCGUUGCAGUAGUUGUGGCUGAUAAGCUCAACAAUGUCUAUCUUCCUCCCUCAAGUUCCAUUUCUGCAGGAGGAAAUGGAAACAUCCUAAAGACUCCCUUCACCCAGACCUUUGUUCAACCUGGACGUAAGGUUUUCUCUGGAACCUACCAAACAGCCCAACAAGGAAAUGUUUACGCUAACCAACAGCAAUCCUCUUUCAACAACUACGCUUCAGCUUCUGCUCAACCACAAAUCGCUAUCUUGAAAUUCAACAACGAGAACAAUGGUGAUGGAACUUACAGAUUCGAAUACGAGACAGAAAACAGAAUUUCCCAGCAGGAAUCAGGACAACUUAAGAACGCCGGAACUGACCAGGAAAGCAGCGUUGUUCAAGGAUCCUACUCCUAUGUUGGUCAGGAUGGUCAAACCUACACCAUCGACUACGUAGCUGAUGAACAAGGUUUCAGAGCUAGUGGUGCUCAUCUACCUGUUGCUCCAGAAAUCCCUGAAGAGAUCAGAAAAUCCCUUGAACAAAACGCUGCUGAUGAAGCUAGAGGAAUUGUUGAUGAUGGUCAAUACAGACCGGACGUAUCUGAAAAAAUCAACAGUGCUCAAGUUAACAGGCAAUACUUGGCUCCAAAUGUACAAGGAAGUUACCAAAAACAGCAGGGUGGAUAUAGAUAUUGAUUUAACUUAUAAGUAAAUUUGAUACCUGUACUUCUGUGAAUAAUGUAUGUCGAAUGUUGUGAAUAAAUGGUAAUUUAUUUAUAA